UUCUCUCAAGAAGUAGACUUUCCCCGUCAAAGACAGCAUCAUGUCUGGAGUUAAAGGAGGUCGUUCUGGACAGGAGAGCCAGCAGUGCCAGCAGGAAAAGGGUUCUCAGGGCCUGACCCAGUGCAACGACCCCUGCCAACAACAGCAAGGUGGACACCAAGGCUUCGGGAGCGGUGGUCAGCAAUCCCAGGACCAAAGCUCCUAUGGAGGUCUCAAAUCAGGUGGCAAUGACGGGCAGCAGUCCAAGGACCAAGGCGGCUAUGGUGGCCACAAAUCAGGUGGCGGUGCUGGUCAGCAGUGUCAGGAUAAAGGCGGCUACGGUGAUCUGAAAUUAGGUGGCAGCGGUGGCCAGCAGUGUCAGGACCAAAGCUCCUGCGGGGGCCAAAAAUCAGGAGGCAAUGAUGGGCAGCAUUGCCAGGACCAGAGUGGCAACAAAUCAGGUGGCGGUGCUGGUCAGCAGUCCCAGGAUAAAGGUGGCUACGGAGGCCUAAAAUCAGGUGGCGGUGAUGGGCAAUGCCAAGGUCAAGGCCCGUAUGGUGGCCAGAAAUCAGAUGCCUCUCAAGGGAAAGGCCACGGAUGCAAGAAAUGAAGACAUAACUACUUUUGGAAGGGCCCUUAGAGACACCGACCAUACACACUCCAUCCUGCCUCUUUUACUGCUUUUGGCUGCAACUACUAUUUAAUAAAAGGCACUAUUACUUAUCAAUGCAA